GGAGGGGGACGUGCCCCUCGCCCCCAGCUGCUCUCCGCGGAUGGCGCCGCCGGCUGAGUGAGGGAGGCGGCGCGCAUGACUUCCCCGCCCGGACCUCUUGUCUUCGCGGGGAAGAUGUACGAGAGUGUGGAAGUGGGGGGGCUCACCCCCACCCCCAAUCCCUUCCUUGUGGUGGAUUUUUAUAACCAGAACCGGGCCUGUUUGCUCCCGGAGAAGGGGCUCCCCGCCCCUGGUCCCUACUCCACCCCGCUCCGGACUCCGCUUUGGAAUGGCUCAAACCACUCCAUCGAGACCCAGAGCAGCAGUUCCGAAGAAAUAGUGCCCAGCCCUCCCUCGCCGCCCCCUCUCCCCCGCAUCUACAAGCCUUGCUUUGUCUGCCAGGACAAAUCCUCAGGCUACCACUAUGGGGUCAGUGCCUGUGAGGGCUGCAAGGGCUUCUUCCGCCGCAGCAUCCAGAAGAACAUGGUGUACACGUGUCACCGGGACAAGAACUGCAUCAUCAACAAGGUGACCCGGAACCGCUGCCAGUACUGCCGACUGCAGAAGUGCUUUGAAGUGGGCAUGUCCAAGGAGUCUGUGAGGAACGACAGAAACAAGAAGAAGAAGGAGGCGCCCAAGCCCGAGUGCUCCGAGAGCUACACGCUGACACCUGAGGUCGGGGAGCUCAUCGAGAAGGUGCGCAAAGCGCACCAGGAAACCUUCCCUGCCCUCUGCCAGCUGGGCAAAUACACUACGAACAACAGCUCAGAGCAACGUGUCUCUCUGGACAUUGACCUCUGGGACAAGUUCAGUGAACUCUCCACCAAGUGCAUCAUUAAGACUGUGGAGUUCGCCAAGCAACUGCCCGGCUUCACCACCCUCACCAUUGCUGACCAGAUCACCCUCCUCAAGGCUGCCUGCCUGGACAUCCUGAUCCUGCGGAUCUGCACGCGGUACACGCCCGAGCAGGACACCAUGACCUUCUCCGAUGGGCUGACCUUGAACCGGACCCAGAUGCACAAUGCCGGCUUCGGCCCCCUCACGGACCUGGUCUUCGCCUUCGCCAACCAGCUGCUGCCCCUGGAGAUGGAUGAUGCUGAGACUGGUCUUCUUAGUGCCAUCUGUCUCAUCUGUGGAGACCGGCAGGACCUGGAGCAGCCAGACAGGGUGGACAUGCUUCAGGAGCCGCUGCUGGAGGCGCUGAAGGUCUAUGUGCGGAAACGAAGGCCCAGCCGCCCCCACAUGUUCCCCAAGAUGCUGAUGAAGAUCACAGACCUGCGAAGCAUCAGUGCUAAGGGGGCUGAGCGGGUGAUCACCCUGAAGAUGGAGAUCCCGGGCUCCAUGCCACCUCUCAUCCAGGAAAUGCUGGAGAACUCGGAGGGCCUGGACACUCUGAGCGGACAGCCAGGGGGUGGGGGGCGGGAUGGGGGCGGCCUGGCCCCCCCACCCGGCAGCUGUAGCCCCAGCCUCAGUCCCAGCUCGAACAGAAGCAGCCCGGCCACCCACUCCCCGUGACUGCCCGUGCCCCGUGGACACAGCCCUCACCCCGCGCCCUGGCUUUUCUUUGCCUUUCUACCAACCAUGUGACCCCCACUAGCCCUGCCCCCCCACCUGUCCUCCCUUUCCUCGGGGACAGGAGGGAGGAGGCGGCGACUCUUCAGAGGGAGGCCCGGGCAGGAUGGACUGCCUGCUCCUGCCUCCUGGGCUGACGUCAGGGGCAAGGUCGUGAACUGAUUGAGGACCCCUGGUCCUGGGCCUCAGGAUGGAGCCUGGGGGCCUCGUGUUCAUCAAGACAGCCCUCUGCCCCCCUCGCCACAUCUUCAUCACCAGCAAAUGCCAGGACCUGGCUUCCCCAUACUCAGAACCCGCAAGCCAUUGCCCCCCGGUCGGGAAGCCCCCCCUGCCUCGGUUGGUGACAGAGGGGGUGGGCCAGGGGUGGGGGGUUUCCCCUGUACAUACCCUGCCAUACCAACCCCCAGGUAUUAAUUCUCGCUGGUUUUGUUUUUAUUUUAAUUUUUUUUGGUUUUGAUUUUUUUAAUAAGAAUUUUCAUUUUAAGCACAUUUAUACUGAAGGAAUCUGUGCUGUGUAUUGGGGGGAGCUGGAUCCAGAGCUGGAGGUGGGUGGGUCUUGGGGGAGGGGAGCAGCUCAGAAGGGGCUCCCACUCUCUCUCCACGUCCCUGCACCCCCUGGCCCUCCUCCCCAGCCUUUUUCUCCUCAGUUUUCUCUUUAAAACUGUGAAGUACUAACUUUCCGAGGUCUGCCCUCCCCUUCUCCCUCUGCCUAACCACUGGGCGUGGACAGUUUCAGGCCGCCCCUAGAAGGAGGGGGCCCACCAUGAGAGACAGGGCAGGGGGCAGAGGAAGGGGGCCCUCAGAACAUACUCGUGUGUGUUUCUCAGUCCUGUGGCCAUGGCAGAGCUGCCUUUCCAUCGGGGCUAAUACCAUCCAAGCCCUCCAGCCCCCACUGUGAAGGGGCUGGCCAGGGAGUUCAAGCUGCCCCUGUCCCCCAGCCUCACAGCCACCAGCACUGCCCACAGGGUCCCCAGACACACACACACACACACACACACACACACACACAGUGGACCGAUGAGGCAACAGACACACUUGGCCUGAGUUCCUCCGUUUCCCUGGCCUGCCCCCCCACCGCUCCCCACCCCAUCCCCGUGCCCCCUCCUUGCCCCGCAGGACGGGCCUACAGGGGGUUCCCUCCCCUCACCCCCUGCACCCCCAGGCUGAGGGAGCUGGUUCUGCCCUGCCCUCCUUGCCCCGGGGUUGGGGUCUCAUCCCCUCAGAGCCCGCUGGUGCACCUGUUACUGUUGGACUUUCCACUGAGAUCUACUGGAUAAAGAAUAAAGUUCUAUUU